CAAAGCUUAAGAAAUAAAAGAAAAAGCCCUCCCCUCCUCUUUCUUUCUCCAUCUUUCUCUCUAUACCUGUGUGAGUGAGCCUCUGCUUGCUUCACCUUCUCCCAGAAGAUAGAGAGAAAAGAGGAGAGAGUGACCGGACUGCAACAUCUUAGAGGAGCGCAGGGCUCCAUAGUUUCCGCUGUGACUCGAUUCAUGGAUUAUCCUCUCUUUACUUUCCAUCUCAUCGGCGGUCGCUUCGUUACCACGGCAUCCGAUUAGAAAGAAACAGGGUGGAGAGGAGUGAGAAAGGAAACGAUCGAGAAUUGAUUCGAAAAAUCUCUCACCAACUCUCUUUUGACACUGGCGGACCUCAGAGGAACCUUAUCGUUCCUUUUUUCUUCAAUUUCUUCACGCCGCACGUAUCAAUUCGAUUUCAAAUCUAAGAAGAAGAAGAGAAUAGGAUUUUACCGUGUGAACAUGCUUUGGAUUAUGAAAUUCUCAGGGUUUUUCUCCGCAGCAAUGGUGUUGAUUGUUCUCUCACCGUCACUGCAGUCAUUUCCACCGGCUGAAGCCAUUAGAUCCUCUAAUCUUGAUAACUCUCUCCGAUUUUCUGGUCAAAUCACUUCCAUUGAUUCGCUCAACCGAUUCUCUUUCCGAAAAGCAUCCACAUUCCACAAUGCCGCUGAAUGCGGUUCUAAACAAUUGGGGAAAAUUGGUGUUUGUGAUCCAUCUCUUGUUCAUGUUGCGAUUACUCUCGAUGUUGAGUAUCUUCGGGGCUCAAUCGCAGCCGUACAUUCCAUUUUAAAACAUUCUAAAUGUCCUGAGAGUGUAUUCUUUCAUUUCCUGGUCUCGGAGACCAAUCUCGAAACCCUAGUUCGAUCCACUUUCCCUCAGUUGAAGUUUAAGGUCUAUUACUUCGAUCCGGAUAGAGUACGCAAUCUGAUCUCCACCUCUGUGAGGCAAGCGCUUGAACAGCCUUUAAACUACGCCAGAAAUUACUUGGCGGAUCUACUUGAGCCCUGUGUUCGAAGAGUUAUAUACUUGGAUUCUGAUCUCGUAGUGGUCGAUGAUAUUUCGAAGCUGUGGACUACAAGCUUGGGGAAGAAGACCAUCGGAGCACCGGAGUACUGUCACGCCAACUUCACAAAGUAUUUCACGGAUAAUUUCUGGUUGGAUAGGAAGUUUUCAGGCAUAUUCACCGGCCGGAAUCCUUGCUAUUUUAACACCGGCGUGAUGGUCAUAGAUCUGGUGAAGUGGAGACGGUUCGGAUACACAAAACGGAUUGAGAGGUGGAUGGAGAUCCAGAAGACUUAUCGGAUCUACGAGCUCGGGUCGUUGCCGCCGUUUCUUCUAGUCUUCGGUGGACACGUGGCGCCCAUCGGCCACCGGUGGAACCAACAUGGCUUGGGAGGCGAUAACGUUAGAGGCAGUUGUCGUGACCUGCAUCCAGGUCCAGUGAGCCUCCUGCAUUGGAGUGGUAGUGGCAAGCCUUGGCUUAGACUAGACUCGAAGCAACCGUGCCCACUCGACUCUUUAUGGGCACUGUAUGACCUGUUCGGACACUCGACCUGAACCAAUUGUGCGCUGGACUCUCUCGCCGGUAAAUUUCUCCAGUGACUUUUGUUCCCUAUGUUGUCUCGUUAUCUUCAUUUUUCCAUUUUGUUUCUUUAAUUUUUUCCCUUGUAUCUCCUCCUCUGGUUAUUUUUGCUGAUUUUGAUUUUUUUUCUCUUUUGAUUAACUCAUCAUCAUCAUCAUCAUCAUUUUAGGUGAUUUGUACUCUAUUCUAUUGUUCUUGUCUUUUGAAAAUAAACAGAAAAUAGAAAAUUGAAUUGAAACUAUUGUCAUUUGGCGUUGCUCAGUCCCCGUGUCUGGUAGAUUUAGCUGGGCAUUGCUUCAUUGAAUAUGGUGAAAGUUCGAUUAGGGCAAAAGUACUCUGCCAAGAACA